ACUGAAUGAAUAUGAAAAGAGUUCAUUUUGGGAAGAGAUCACGUGCGUCGAACCUGUUCAAUGCAGCACUCACCGAAGAAGAGAACAAUACACCCCCGAGAUACAACAUGAAGAUGAAGCCAUCCUUUAAUUUCACCGCAUCCUCCAUUCAGCCACGGCUUCAGACGCUUGCAGAGGGUCUUGAUGAUGAAAAGGAAAAUAUUUCUACCGAUGAACUGCCACAUGAAGUUAUCUACUCGAGUAAUCAUAAUCAAUAUCCCAGAGUAGAAUAUGCAAAAGAAUGCGAUUUGAGUGGUUCAAACUGUCGCUUUUCUGAUGAGGCGCUUUCCAGUAGUUUAGAAGAGAAACAAUUUUUAUCAGGUGAAAAAAGCUCGCCCACAACUAGAUCAUUAGAAAAUAACUACAAUUCAGUGAAUUCGAAACGUUGCAGUUGCGAGGAGCAAAAUGAUCCUACGGCGUAUCUGGAGGAUGAAAACAGUUUCAGCAGACAUAAAACAAUUUCAGCAGACAUAAUAGAUAAGUUGGGAGAAAAUGAAAAUGACAAAGAAAUCUCAGAUGACAGCGGUGAAAUGUCUGCUGUUUUGUUUCUAGAUACCCUUAGCGACAUCAGUUCUACGUAUUGCACACCAGAGAAGUGGGAUAAUUCGAAAAGCGUGUUUGUCGAAGUUAUUCCCGAUCAACCUAGUGCUAGUGAAGGUACUCGUUGUACAGCUAGUAGUUAUUCUAUGGUUUGCCCAGCUAAUGUACACGAUAAAUCGCGCGAAAGGGAUUCCACUGAAGGUACUUCUGGUCCUUAUUUGAAUUCAUACCUGGAUGGAAGUACUGAUACUAUGGGUUCGAAACAUGUAGAAGUCGCGCAAAGUUCUCUGUUAAAUGCAAAAGAGCAAGUAACUCAAAAUAUAGAACAGUUAAUUCAAACUGAAACUGAGGUGUUAAAAAGAGAGGAAAAACCUGAAAACGAGAAAACACUAGUGAGAAAUACCGAGGAACGCGCUUCAUUUUUAUCUGUUUCGCCAAACGCGCACUUGGGAGUUUUAUCUACAGAAUUUUCCAAUGAAGAUUUGUUAGACGGCGAGAUGGCUGAGGUGAAUAAUCGCGAAAGUAAUCAUUAUCGAGUAAAUCCUGAAAAUGCUAAAUCUGAACAAAUUUCAGAGGAUAAGAAAAGCUCCGCUAAGAAAAUUUUUGUUCCCCCAUUCGCGGACAUGAAAUCGAGGAUUUCUAAGAGGCGAACUACUAUCAUAAAUUUGCGAAGAAAUUUCCAAUCAAAUGUCGACUCAAAAAGCAGGCCUCAUUUGAGCAUGUGUAAAUUAAGCAAACAGUCGCUCAGAAUGGUUGCUAAAUCCAGACAAUCAGUCGUGAUACACACGAGGACAGGUGUGUCAGAAAUAGACGUCACAGUAGACAAAGUUAACUUGGAAAUCGAAGCAAGUAAGAUAGAAGCUACAAAAUCUUGCAAAAGUUAUCUCAAACUGUUGACUUUGGAGAAUCGGGAAAUCUUCGAAGACGCUAAAGGACUACUGGAUUCAUUUGAGCAAGUUGACAAAAUAGGCGAGGGAGCAUUUUCUGAAGUGUUUCGAGUGGCUCUACAUAACAGUGUGGACGAAUCUGAGAAGAGAGUGUUGAAAGUGAUGCCUUUGAGCAGUGGGACUGAAAAUGAUCGGCUGAAUGCAGACAACGAGUAUGUCAUUACAGAUUUGUUGAGCAAACUAUGUCCCAAUUUCGUGCAGUUGUAUGGCGCCUGGUAUGUCACCGGUGCUUACCCAAGGAUACUACUGGACGCCUGGGAGAGGUUUAGCAGACUGUACCCUGAUCUAGCCCUGAACUGUGACCCCAGCUGUCUGCCGGACGAGACAGAGUUCUGUGUGUUGUCUUUGGAGGAUGCCGGCUUUCCUCUGGAUCAGUUCGUGUUUACUAAAUUCGAUCAAGUUGUGUCCACGGUGCAGCAGAUAGCAUGCAGUAUAGCAAUGGCUGAGCAAAAACUGCAGUUCGAGCACAGGGAUCUACAUAUGAGCAAUGUGUUGGUGAGUCCCACAAGAGUCAAGAGAUUCAGUUACUCUCUGAGCAAUGAAACCGGUAACAGAAACAAAACUACUACCGUGGACGUGAACACCCGUGGGGUCAAGGCCACAAUAAUAGACUACACUCUAUCAAGACUACUAGUAGACAAUCAGCUGAAGUUCAAUGAUCUUUCUGGCGAAGAGAAUGCGGACUUGUUCGUGGACCAAAUAGUCCCAUCACCAGAAGGCACUUCUUCGUCUACCUGUGAUUACAAUGAGGAGGAGAAGGGGACAAUAGACAAAGAGAGUGAAGGACAGUUCAAAGUGUACAAGUUCAUGCGCACCUUGGUGAACAAUGACUGGGGACAGCAUGUGCCAGAGACUAAUGUGUUCUGGAUGCACCACAUAGUGGACAGACUACUCUAUGGGAGGGAUAGGAAAGCGCAUUUGUCCCAAUGUGACCCCGUAAAGAGGGAGCGCCUGAAGAAAGUCUAUUCCAAAAUGAGUUCAGACCAGUUCAAAUCAUGUGUCGACCUUGUGCAAAAAUCGGAUCUGCUUAAAAUUUAAAUUGAACUUUUUUGUGUUGGAAUUGUAAUUUGAAAUUUUUGUUCACGUUC